AUGUGCGGAAGAUAUGUUCUCUCCAUGCGUCCGUCUCAGUACCGCAGGUAUUUAGAGGAGAGGAACAUGCCAGUAUGGGAUGCGCCCGAAGAUGAAGCGGACGGCUCUCCCCGCCAAUCGUACAACUUCGCCCCCAGCUACAACGGCAUGGUUUACCGUCCUGACGUCCCCGAUCGGGGUGCCCGUCCAGGCGGUUCCUCAAAAGAGGGUGGGGACUCACCGGCCGACAACCAAGGAGUACAGAGUGCAGUGGAGGAUAUGUCCCGGGCCGACACGACCGAGCUCGACGCAGACGGGCCCGAGGACCCGAGCUGGGUGGACGUCGGUGCCGAGAUGGGCGUACCGAGCCCCAACGCGGAGGACGCUGCCCGCGCACAGGACGACGCAGCGCACAAGAGCAGCCAUGACUACUCAAAGUACAAACUGCAAAGCAUGCGCUGGGGCCUCGUACCCUCGUGGACGAAGCGCAACCCAGGCUACACCUCGGUAAUGAAGACGAUCAACUGCCGUUCCGACUCUCUCAGUCGUCCAGGCGGGCUCUGGUCGACCAUGAAGACACGCAAGCGAUGUGUAGUUUUGGCGGACGGGUUCUACGAGUGGCUCAAAGUCGGAACCAAAGAAAAGGUCCCUCAUUAUAUCAAGAGAAAGGACGGACAGCCCAUGUUGUUUGCGGGCCUUUGGGAUUGCGUGACGUACCAGGCAGAUUCCGGGGAAAAGGUGUACACCUACACCAUCAUCACCGUUGACUCGAACCCGGCGCUCAAGUUCAUCCACGACCGCAUGCCCGCCAUCUUUGAACCAGCCUCUCCAGAGCUUCGUACCUGGCUCGACGCCUCGCGUUGUGCCUGGACCCGGGACCUACAGGACGUGCUCAAGCCGUCCCAGACCGAGCUGGACAUUUACCCCGUCUCCAAGGAGGUAGGCAAAGUGGGCAACAAUUCCCCUAGUUUCAUCAUCCCGGUGGCAAGCAAGGACAACAAGAACAACAUCGCAAACUUCUUUUCCAAGCCUUCAGAGAAGAAGGAUGCCACGCAAGUCAAGACAGAGACACAAGACGUAGCUACUGAGAUUGUGGCUCCAAAGGAUCUCGAGGCUACCGCUGCCAAAAGAGGCGCCUCUCCAGCUUCCCCGUCGGUAACCCCACCAGCAAAGGUCGCCGUUACAGAAUCACCAAGAAAACCAAAGAUUAGUGCAACGAGCAAUUCAAAGGCCAGUCCCUCUAAGAAGAGUCAGGCCGAGGAGGGCAGCAAGAAGAUUACCAGUUUCUUUACGAAAAAUUCCCUCUAG